UUUGCAUACAACAAUCGGAGGAAGGUAUUUACUGUAACACUGGAAACAUUUGGAACUCAGGAGACGAUUAUCUGUUUUAUAUUCAUAGUCGCCGUAAUUAUCGACUACUUGGCCUUUGUGUGUGUUCACAUCGGUGCUUUGAACGGUGGGACGCAUACGAACACACGGACACCUGAUGAAGGUGUCCAGGUAAUACUUCAAAAAGCCCCGUAAGACGCCAUGUCUGAAGAGGCCUUUUCAGAGAGUGACCUGGAGCCAAGCCUCAACAGCGAUGAGGAAAACGAUGAAGAGGAGGACAAUAAAGACACGGAGGAGGAUGAGGAUGAAAACUGUGGCGAUAAUGAGGAUGAUGACCAACCCGGCAGCGCUCAGAGCUGGCAUGAAAAAGCUCAAGAAAGCCGCGACUCCACUUCAUCGACCUCUGGAGAGCCUUCCUCUGAGCCCUCGUCGGGCCCCGCAUCCCAGCCGUCCUCUAGAGCUCCCUCGAGACCAGCCUCCCGGUCGCAGCUUCCAGCCAGCCCCGCCAAAUCCAGCCAGAGCAAACCACCUUCCAGGAAGUCGAAGAAGCACAAAGUUUCCAAAUCAACCAAAUCCUCCAAGCCUCCAAAACACUCCAAACCUUCCAUGCCUAUAAACAUGAGGAAAAAUAUCAGGAAGGUGCUGAAAGAUGACCAGCUGGAGGCUGGAACCAAAGCUGCUCAACAAGAGGAGAUGGAGAGGCGCAAGCGACUGGAGCAGCAGAGAAAAGACUUCCCGACGCCAGCGCCAACUUUACCAGAUUCCCAAUUAGUAGACCCUGCUUCCAUUUUAGAAGCGGUGUCCCACCUGGUCCCCAACCUCCUCGGCAAGGACGAUGUGAUCUGCCUGGACAGCAGCGGCGAUGAAGAUGAAAACAUAGAAUCUAAUCUACCAGAGUUAGAUGCUAUCCAAGAUGAUGUGAUUGAGCUCAGCUCUGGGGACGAGAAUGCCCUGCAGAUAAGCAGCGAGUCGGGGGAUGAGGAUGAAGGUAGCACUGGCGGCACAGAGGAGAGCAGCGGAGCACACAUCAACGAUGCUCUGAACUUGCCUGAUGCCCAGGGCCGCGUGCUAGUAAAUAUCAACCACCCUGCAGAGGAGAAGGACAUUUAUCUUGCUCCCCAGCUGGCCAGGGCCGUCAAACCUCACCAGGUUGGUGGGAUCCGGUUUCUGUACGACAACUUGAUCGAGUCCCUUGAGCGCUACAAGAGCAGUAGUGGUUUCGGUUGCAUCCUCGCUCACAGCAUGGGACUCGGCAAGACGCUGCAGGUCAUUUCCUUCAUUGACAUCCUGCUGAGGAAUACUGAAGCUCACACUGUCCUGGCAAUUGUUCCUGUGAACACACUUCAGAACUGGCUAGCAGAGUUCAACUUGUGGCUCCCACCACAAGAGGCACUUUCCCCAGACACCGACCCGACAUUGCUAAUGGGACGUACAUUCAAAGUUCAGAUCCUGAAUGACGAGCAUAAAACCACAAUGGCCCGGGCAAAGGUGGUGGAGGACUGGAGCCAAAAUGGAGGCGUGUUGCUGAUGGGGUAUGAGAUGUACCGCCUCCUGUCCAUGAAGAAGAGUUUUGUUACGGGCAAGAAGAGAAAAUCAAAGAAGCCUCUGGGGCCUGUAAUCAUUGACCUGGACGAGGAAGACAGGCAGCAAGAACUGAUGAAAGGUAUCGAAAAAUCCAUUGUACGACCUGGUCCAGACGUGGUGAUCUGUGACGAGGGUCACCGCAUCAAGAACUAUAACGCCAGCACAUCACAGGCUCUAAAGAACAUCCGCUCUAGGCGUAGAGUGGUACUGACAGGUUACCCUUUGCAGAACAACCUCACUGAAUACUGGUGCAUGGUGGAUUUCGUCAGGCCGGACUUUUUAGGCACGCGCCAGGAGUUCAGCAACAUGUUUGAGCGGCCCAUUCUGAACGGACAGUGUAUGGACAGCACACCCCUAGAUGUCCGCCUGAUGCGUUACCGUAGCCAUGUGCUGCACAGUCUGCUGGAAGGCUUUGUCCAGAGACGUGGCCAUGAUGUUCUGCAAGAUCAGCUUCCUGCCAAGACAGAGCGUGUGAUAAUGGUGCGGCUUUCCCCAAUACAGAAAGCGCUUUACACCGAGUUUAUGAAUCGCUUCAGAGAGGCAGGAAACAAUGGUUGGCUUGGGCUCAACCCUCUGAAGGCUUUCUGCGUAUGUUGCAAGAUCUGGAAUCAUCCAGAUGUACUUCACGAGGCUUUACAGAAAGAGAACCAGGCCAACGAGCAGGACCUGGACCUGGACGACAUCACUUCGGCGACUAACACUCGCUGCCUUAAAGGCAAAGGGUCAGACUCUGGCAACAGCAAAAAUAAUAACAUUCCGCCCCUGCUCAACCCUUCCCAAGAUCGAAGCAAUCAAGUCGUCACGUAUGAAUGGGCAAAGGAAAUCAUGUCAAACUACCAGGUAGGAGUUCUUGAGAACUCUGCCAAAAUGGUGCUGCUGUUUCAUUUGGUAGACGAAAGCGUCAGAAGAGGAGACAAAAUGUUGGUCUUCAGUCAAAGCUUGUCCACACUGACAGUCAUUGAGGACUUCUUAUCAAAGAGACCCAUUCCAUCAGACAGCGCCGCCGCUGACUCUCAGAACCCCAGCUGGGUUCGCAACCUCAAUUACUAUCGACUGGAUGGGAGUACAUCUGCGUCAGAAAGAGAGCGGCUAAUCAAUCAGUUCAAUGACCGAGAGAACAGCAAAGCAUUGCUCUUCCUGCUUUCUACCAGAGCGGGCUGCUUGGGAGUGAAUCUUAUCGGAGCCAAUCGCGUUGUUGUGUUUGAUGCCUCCUGGAACCCGUGUCACGACGCCCAGGCGGUGUGCAGGGUGUAUCGCUAUGGUCAGAAAAAACCUUGCUACAUUUACCGCCUGGUUUGUGACUUCACCCUAGAGAAGAAGAUCUAUGAUCGACAGGUCUCCAAACAGAGCAUGUCUGACCGCGUGGUGGAUGACCUCAACCCGGCACUGAACUUCACUCGUAAGGAAGUGGAGUCACUGUUGCACUUCGUGGAGGAGGAACCUCAGUCAAACAAGAUCGACCUAAGGGCUUUGGCAGACUUUGAGGGAGCUAUAUAUGGAGUGUGUCAGCUUUAUCCACAUCUCAUCACCAAGCACCCGUUUCACCACGAGUCCCUUUUAGUGGACCGGAAGGAGACCAAACUGACCAAAGCGGAGAAGCGAGCAGCCAAAAAGAGCUACGAAGACGAGAAACGAGCCUCUGUGCCGUACUCGCGUCCCUCGUAUGCCACUUACUAUCCAACCAGCAACCACACGCUUGCUAACAUAGCGGCGUUCAACCAACGCGGCUGGCGGCCUAUGAUUCGGCCCGACGAAAAGCCAGUGGCGAGUGUCAGGCCCAUCCAGUCAACACCGAUCCCAAUGAUGCCUCGCCAGGUGGUCAUGGGCGUGGCCGGAUCCAGCUCUCCCGGCAGCUUACCUGUCAAUUUUUUGCAGAAGGCCGGAGUGCACGUCCAGAGGAUUGUCACUUCUACUGACAUCGUAAUCCCAGGAGCUAACAGCACAACAGACGUACAAGCUCGAAUCAGCGCGGGCGAGAGCAUCCACGUAAUAAGAGGUUCUAAAGGUACCUACAUAAGGACCAACGACGGCAGGAUUUUUGCUAUUAGAUCGGGAAAAAUCAGUAGACCGACAAUCAGGAGCGCUGCUGUUUCAAGAGACCUCCAGCAUCCGCUCAGUAAUGGCUGUGCGUCGCCUGUGGAGCAGCAGCAGCAUUCGCCCGACGUGGAUCCGCAGUCGUCCUCCCCGUUAAGCUCUGAGAUUCUCCACGAGUUCAGCCGCUACAGCGCUUCGGCAAGUGAUGACGCCGCCGCGGGGAACAGCAUAUUGUCCCAAUCGGCGGUGUCCUCCGCGCGGGCGAGGGAUGGAGGCAGUCGGAUUCCACUCGACAUUGACAUCUUCAGCUCCGCUUUGGAGACGCAAGCCGUGAAACGCAAACACGCUAACAGUCAAGGCGGCGCGCAAGCGGGCAGCAAGCGGACUUCGGCCGCAUCGCAUUACCCAGGACUCUCACUGAGUUCCAGCGGGCUGGGUUACCCGCCCGUGAAUCUCAACUCCUCCUCGCUGUUGGGCCACAUGACUCACCCUCUUCUGACGGGCGGGGGCAGCGGAUCCUCGUUCCUUCAAACGCCGCUGUCCGACCUACAGACCAUGUUCCCUUCUGCACCCGGGAACGGACAACUUCCUCCUCCCUCCUCUUCGGCGCUGUCCACCAUCCUCUCCUCCUCUGCAUCCUCCGCCCCCAUGUCGCCGUCAGCAUCAUCCGCCACCACUUCCUCCUCCCUGCCGUCCGGCUCCAUGCCGUCAUACCUGAUGAACCCCAACGUGGCAGGUCUUCUGUCCUCUGGCUUCCCUCUCAACUACAGCCAGUCCUUGCUCCCCGAGUCCCGGAUGUUCCCGGCGCCGCUUCUCUCCAGCUCAGCGGGGUUCCCGGCACCAAAUCCGUCUUCUGACGCGUCCGGCUACUUGUCCCAUUUUAACAACCCCACCUCCAGCCUGUUGGGGGCGGCGCUGACCCAAGCCGACAGACGUCAAGGCACGGGCAACGGCGGCGAGAGUUCUGAUGAUGAUGUCAUCGAGGUAACUGGACACUAAAGGCUCACGUAGGCACCGCCACUCACACACAUUCAUCAAUUCUUGUUAGAAAUGGGACAUGAUUCGAUGAAUAUUCAUGACAAUAAUGGUAAAAUGACCCUAACAUGCUCAUUAGGUUCAUUUUUGUCUUGUUAUUGUGCCACCAUGUUGCUUUUUUUUAUACACCAGCUCGCCUCACAUUGCAACAUUUUAUUACACAUUCUCAAGAAAGGAAAGUUGGGUAUUCUUUAGAGUAGUCCUUGUACAGCAUGUGAGUACAUGUCACGUGUGUUUGGACUAACUGCCAUCUGCUUCACAAGGUAAAUGUUGGAAUGUUUCACUCUGUGACCGCAACUCAGCAGCACUCACGCACCUCCGUUUUUGACUGUACCUAAAAACAGACAUUUCUGUAUAUGCAUUGCCAGAGAUUGUCCCCCCCCUCCCCCCAACUUUUCAAGCUGUACAUUGACUACUCUAAAGUAUGUUUAUUUAGAAUUGUCUUUUGGGAAGAUAUGUUGUAAUAAAACCGGUUGCUGAAAUUUGAGGUGUGUGAGCUACAGUAAAUACCUCCUUUUUUUCUUAUAAAUACACAAUUUACAUUGAGCGUUGUCUUUUUUUAUAUUGAAUAUUUGUAACAACUUCUCCUGUCUCACAUCAUUCCAGCAACUUGUAAUUAGAGGAACAUGACUUGAAAACAUGUUCCUUGUUUUAUAAUUAGAAUUACUUUCAAAUAUUAAAAUGACACUGUUGUUUCUUUGUGUCGUAAAAAAAAAAAGUUUUUAAGUCAUUCUAAAGUACUUAGUAUUUUAUCAGCCGCCAGCACAAACACACGCCUUGUCUAAAUGUCUUUAAAUGUUAGUGCUCUCCAAAAAAACUGACAUUUGUGCAAUUAUAUACAAAGAGGUUCAUUAGGUCUUCAAAAAUGGUCAACCGCUGAGAAAGGCAAAAGUUGUAGCUGAAACCGUCAGGUACAGAAAUAAACGCACAUGUCUGGCUAUAAUAACAAAUUGCUUGUGCAAAUAGUCCUGGGUUCAAUCCCGGGCUCGGGAUUUUUCUGUGUGGCGUUUGCAUGUUCUCCCCGUGACUGUGUGUGUUCUCUCUGGGUACUUUGGCUUCCUCCCACUUCCAAAGACAUGCACCUGGGGAUAGGUUGAUUGGCAACAUUAAACUGGCCCUAGUGUGUGAAUGUGAGUGUGAAUGUUGUCUAUCUGUGUUGGUCCUGCGAUGAAUUGUAGACUUGUCCAGGGCUUACCCCACCUUCCGCCCGAAUGCAGCUGAAAUAGGCUCCAGCACCCCCCGCGACCACAAAAAGGGAUACGCGGUAGAAAAUGGAUGCAUUUUUUAUUUUUUUUUAACUAUUCACACCUUUAUUUAUACUGAAAUAUUUAUCAAAUGUUUUUGUGACAUAACAGGUCAGACUUAAAACAGUACAAUUUGUUAUGGCACAAAUGAACAACUGUUGUAUUUUAAUAUUUUGCCAUUUUGACACAGUACCUGGCAGACGAGAUAAUCAUAUUGUACUUUCAAGACAGAAUUAAAAAAACAACAUUUAAGUAAAUAUUCUGAGGCCGUCCCUGCUUUUCACUUUCACUUCUUCUGUAUAGCGACUAAAUAAAACCCUCACGUUAGAUUUUCUGUGAGAAACCUUGGGAAAAAAACUACUUAAGGAGCAUUUCUGUGUGUAGCAUCGCACACUGCAAGGCGUGUAAAUAUUGCAGUGUGUAGACAGCUGUCUCAUUUCAGCAUUUAUGGAGAUAAAUGUUUCUUUUUUGUGGGUUGGGAUACUUUAAAUGUAUUUUUUUUGUAUAAUUUCUUACAGAUGCAAUGAAUGUACUAUGCGUUCUGUCAUAUUUAGCCUUAAACUACACGAUGAGGUCUUGUUUUUAUUGUCAACUAAUGGACACAUUUCACAACAGAGCUGACUUUUCCAUCACAACACUCCAGCAGGAACUGCAGGCGUGUGUGCGUGUGUGCGUGUGUGCGUGUGUGCGUGUGUGUGCGUGUGUGUGUGUGUGUGUGUGUGUGUGUUUGUGUGUGUGUGUGUGUGUGUUAGAUGCAGGGAUGUGUUCGUAGACUUUAGACAAAAAACAACAACAAACAGGAUUGCCUGAGUUAAUAACUUUGUAGAUUUUGUACAGGCUGACUCAACACUUUUGUUUUGGAAUCUUGGAGUCGAAUUGUCACUUGGACAUCAUAAUGCUUUAUAAAAACCGUUAUUCCUUAUCCAAGAAGUUAUUUUUAUGCGGUGUGUAUUUUUUUUUUUCUGUGUUAUGUAUAAUUUUUUUUAUGUCAAUGGUAGUUUUCUUCCUUUUAGUGUCUGAAAUGUAUUUAUUUAUGCAUUUUUAUUGUGUUAUUUUAUGUUCUCUAGUAUUCAUGUUAGGACAUCCCACCUAAAUACAAGCGGAAUAUGACUGUGUUGUCAAUGUUAUUUUCAAAAUAAAACACCUCUUCUAUUGCA